GAUUCCUGAGGGACUAACAGCAGAUUGGCCUUUUAUCGGCGCUAUGUAGAACAAAUCGGAAGCUUACUUCAGGGUGGCAAAGAUGGCGGCGGCGCCUUCAGAUGGGGCCAGUCUGCAGUCUCACAUCAAUAAAGCCACCAGCCCCCUGAACAAGGAGACUGACUGGAGCAGCAUCAAGGCGUUCUGUGAUGAGCUCGACCAGAACCAGGAUGGCCCCCAGCUUGCCUCCAGACUCCUGGCCCAUAAGAUCCAGUCUCCUCAGGAGUGGGAAGCCAUGCAGGCGCUGACUGCUCUGGAAACGUGUGUGAAGAACUGUGGGAAGAGAUUUCACACGGAAGUGGGAAAGUUUCGCUUCCUGAAUGAGCUCAUCAAGGUGGUCUCACCAAAGUAUCUAGGAUGCCGGGCUCCUGAGCCAGUGAAGAAGAAGAUCCUGGAAAUGAUGUACUGCUGGACUGUAAGGCUUCCUGAAGAGACCAAGAUAGCAGAAGCUUAUCAGAUGCUGAAGAAGCAAGGUAUUGUUAAGCAAGACCCUGUGCUUCCUGAUGACGAGCCCCUCCCACCACCUCCACCCAGGACCAAAAGUGCCAUCUUUGAUGACGAAGAGAAAUCCAAGACGCUGUCGAGCUUGUUGAAGAGCACUCAUCCGGAUGAUUUAAGAGCAGCAAACAAGCUCAUCAAGGAAAUGGUCCAAGAGGAUGAAAAGCGAGUGGAGAAAGUAUCAAAGCGAGUCAACGCCAUUCAGGAGGUGAAGGAGAGCGUGAGCCUGCUGAGCCAGCUGCUGGAGGGCUACGGCAUGGAGAGCUGCUCCCAGAGCAACCAGGAGCUCAUUAAGGAUCUCUACCAACGGUGUGAAAAGAUGAGACCGACGCUGUUCAGACUGGCCAGCGACACGGAGGACAAUGAUGAAGCUUUAGCGGACAUCCUGCAGGCCAACGACAGCUUGACUCAAGUCAUCAAUCUGUACAGACAGCUGGUAAAUGGUGAGGAGGUCACAAAAGACGGCAUCCCCACAAUCCCACACCAAGACUCAAAACUAAGCAGCAGUUCAGCACUCUUAGACUUAACAGGACUUAACCUCUCGGGGAAGUCAGAAGCCUCCAAUGCAGAGCCCUUCAGCUACAGUAAUAAUGUAGGCUUGUGUCUGUUAGAUGACGAACUCAUGUCUUUGGGACUGAAUGUAACAGAAAACUGUGACUCAAACAAAGCUUCUCAGUCGUCAAACGCUGCAGAGCUGUCCUCUCAGAGUGCGCCAGCAGCAGUGCUUGUUCCAGCUGCAACUCAGCUGCUGCCGGCUCCAUCAGGACGAGGCUCCUCUUCCAAAGCCAUGGAGGAGCUGGACCUGCUAGGAAAGACCUUGUUACAGCAAUCUCUACCUCCAGAAAGCCAGCAAAUCAAAUGGGACAAGCUCCAGCCUCAAUCUAAAGUCCUUUUAAGAGACCUGGGGACCAAGUCCAGCCUCACCACCAGGCCUGCUGCCCCCACGUCCAGCCCAGCCGUCCACUCAGAGAAGCCUUACACCUCCCUCAUCUCUAACCCUGCAGAGGAAGGGUCGUCUUCAGCCGCUGACCUUUAUGACAACAUCUCACUAGCUGAGGUUACUGUGCCUCUGGAGUCCAUCCACCCAAGCAGUCUUUUGCCAGUGACUGUAUUUGACAAGAACAGUCUGCGGGUCUUGUUCACCUUUGCACGGGACUGUCCUCCUUUGAGACCUGACGUGCUGGUGGUGAUCAUCUCCAUGCUGUCCUCAGCUCCCGUACCUGUCACCAACAUCCGUUUCCAGGCUGCCGUGCCCAAAGUGAUGAAGGUAAAGCUGCAACCCCCCUCAAGCUCUGAACUCCCAGCCUUUAACCCCCUCCUGCCUCCGGCCGCCAUCACACAGAUCCUGCUGCUGGCCAAUCCUCACAAGGAAAAAGUCAGACUGCGGUACAAAUUAACCUUCAACCUGGGGGGCAAAUCUCACGAUGAGUCUGGAGAUGUGGACCAGUUCCCUCCCCCUAACACUUGGGGGAACCUUUAGUGAGGAGGUCGGGCCUCCUGCAGCUGCUCUCCUCACGUCUUAGUGCUUUCAGACUCUGUUCUGGGAGUUUGGACGUGGCGGGCUUUGUGAAAACAAGUUACCUGUGCCUUCUUUUCUUUUGCUCCUCCUCCUUUGUCUCCUCCUCCAAAAAGAAAAGCAGUGGUAUGUGUCGACAUACUGUUAGCUGUCAGGAUUCAAUCCGGCGACUUUUGGAAGAUGUUUGAAGUCGUCCAGCUCACUUACCCGAGUGAAGGACGUGGAACCGCUGGUGUCUCAGCUGGUUCUUUGCACAGCUUUCCAUGUCUUCUCACUUGUUUUUUCACAAGCUCGUGCAGAGGAACUGAAACUACAGGAAGGAGUUGGGUCCCUCAGUACCGUCUCAGCGGUUUUCUCAGCCAAACCUGUCCAGGGAGUUAAUAGCAGCGUGGUAAUUCUUGCUGAAAGGGUCGACAGGCCUGUUGGCCUCGUCUCUCUGGUUUGCUUCAAACGUUAUCAGAGUUCCAGAAGCUCUGCAUGCAAGGGAGCUGGUUGUUAAUGUCGUUUCAUUUUCUCACAUCUACAGGUAUUCUUCAUUUCUGCACUUUGUUUUCUACACAAAAUGUCCUUUCAUGUUUUUCACUGAAAUGAAUGCACUUUUAUUUUAAAAUCAUUUUUCACAUUGGGUUUACCUAUUUUCCAUUGAUUUACCCAAAGAGGACAUGUGAAGUCCUGCACGGGCAUUGCAGCACGUGGUUUAAUUCUGCCACCGGUGCCGGAGAUAUCCCGUUCUUCUGUCUUGUAUUUAUGUUUGCAGUUUCUGUUGUCAUGUAUUUUCCCUUUGUAUAACAUAUCAAAUCAUGUUGUUACCUGGAAAUGCUGACUUGACUGGGGAAGAGGUUUGAUGCAAAUCUCUUGGGUUUAUAUAUAAAAUAAAAUGAAAUCAAAAGAA